AUGCCGGACUACCCGCUGUUCAAGCUGACGUCAAACCUCUACGAGGUCGUGCCCGCCGUGCUGGCCAAGACCGGCAAGGUCAAGAACCCGUGGCCCAACGUCGACGCCCACAGCGGCGUGCUGCUGCAGUACUAUGGCAUCACGGAGGAGGGCUUCUACACCGUGCUGUUUGGCGUCAGCCGCGCGCUGGGCGUGCUGUCGCAGCUCAUCUGGUCGCGCGCCCUGGGCCUGGCCAUCGAGCGCCCCAAGUCCUUCACAAUGCAGGCUCUUGAGAAGAAGUGCGCCCCCGCACCGGCACAGGCCGCGUAG